AUGUUUCGCGGUGGGCGGAAGAGCAGCAAGAGCAAGAUCAACGACAAGACCACUACUACUAGUAGCAUUAGCGGAGAUGGCGGCGGCAAGGAGAAGUUGAUUCCAAAUCUGGAGAUAUACCACGACGAGGAAGAGGAGGAGGAGGAGAAGCAGUUUUUCUACAGCAGCAGGCUGCUCUCCAGGGAGACCAACAACCACCCUUCUUUCCGUGUCUACUACGGCGACGCCUCGGUUGCAGUGCCCUUCACUUGGGAGUCUCAGCCGGGGACGCCCAAGUCCAAAUACCACAUCGACCACAGCGCCCCUCUCCCUCCUCUCACCCCGCCGCCUUCCUACUUCUCCACCAAUAGUUACAACUCUUCUUCUUCUGCUUCUUCUGCGACCGCCACUAGCCGGGACAGGCGCCAGCUCAGCAAGAAGCAGUCCAGCUCCUUCAGGUGGCCCACCAAGCUGUUCAUGAGCUUCCGCAAGCGGCCCACUAACAACAACAGCUACUCGGUGGGCUCCUCCUCGUCCUCUUCCGAUAACUCCACUAGUCUCUCCCCCACGCGCAGUGAUAAUAACAACCUGCUGUACAGCCGGCGGCCCGGAUCCGGAUCCGGGUCGUCGCCCACUUCGACGCUUUGCUUUGGAGGGAGCACCAGGCUGCGUGGCCGGUACGGCUGGUUGUAA